AUGUCGUUCUUCAAGAAGCUUACCGAUGAGUUCAAAGAGCUGAAAGCAAAUUUCGAGGACAAGCCCAAGAAAGAAGAGAAGAAGGAAGACAAGCCUGAGAAGCCACUUGAAAGCAGCCACGCCGACACCCGCGAGGGCGAUCAUGGCGGGCAGCCUCCAUAUGGCGCUCAGCAUGCCCCAUACGACCAGCACGCUCAGGCUCCGUAUGGACAGCAGCCUCAGUAUGGGGAUCAUUCCCAGUCACAGCAGCAGUACGGUGCCCCACCACCAUCUCACGCCAAUCCUCCUGCCCAGCCACCUCUCCCUCCAGGCUGGAUUACACAAUUCGACCAAAACAGUCAGCGCUGGUACUUCGUCGAGCAGGCUACUGGCCGUACACAGUGGGACCCACCUGCUUUCUCGCACGGUGGUUAUGCUCCUCCGCCAACCGGACCGAGCGAUGCAUACACAAGUGAUCGUGGACACGGCGGUGCUCCAGGUGCUGCGGGGGGCUUCUACAACCCACAGGCGGGCUACGGUACCUCGAGUCAUGACCAGAAUGCGCAGCAGUACUACGGCGAUAUGAAGAAGACAGAGGAGAAGUCUGAGAAGAAGGCGGGUGAGAAGAAGGACGAGAAGAACAACAAUGCCAGGAACAUGAUGCUCGCUGGUGCUGGAGGAUUGGCUGUCGGUGGUGUCGCCGGUGCCAUGCUUGCUCAUGACAGUGACGAUGAGAAUUCCCACGCUGCACCCGCCGCAUACGGUGGUGGCGGUUACGGCGGAGGCGCCUACAAUGCCCCUCCUCCAGGCCCACCUGCCAACGACAGCGAUGCAGAAUCUCUGCACGAGGCACAGCAAAACUACAACGACGCUGUCGAAGCCGCAGCCGACUCAGAUGCCAGCAGCAGUGAGCUCGAAGAGCUGCAAGAGGCUCGCGAAGAGCUCGAGGAAGAACAAGAAGACUACGAGGACUAA